AUGGGUCGCCCGCCGGCGUACCUGUUUGUCGUCAGACAUGGCAACCGACUAGACGCUGCUGACAAACAGUGGCAUAUGACCUCACCGACACCCUACGACCCGCCUCUCACUUACGGCGGCUGGCUCCAAUGCAGGCAGCUUGGGGCAAGAAUCGCAUCCAUACUACAAGAAAAAGAGGCCGAGGACGAAGCUGCUCGCGCAAGCCACAAUAAUGGCCAGAAUGGAAACACUGAGAAGCCCAAGAAGAAGCGAUACCGAGUCGUCCUGCACAGCUCUCCUUUCCUCCGCUGUAUUCAGACGUCCAUUGCCAUCAGCGCCGGAAUUGCUUCGAGCCCCUCGCCUUUCACGCAGGCCAGCGAUUACCCUCCUGCACGGCUCCAAGCUUCGCCGAGACCUCAGACACCAGUCUCGUCGGAUCCCGUCUCCCCAAGAACUCGACCGGCCCUUAUGACCGAUAUUCCGCCUAUGCAGCCGACGCAAAAUUCGGAUCAUUUGGAGAAAACCAUAUUGCGACUAGAUCCUUUCCUUGGAGAAUGGGCCUCGCCAGACUACUUUGAUCACAUAACGCCACCUCCAAGGUCGAGUCUCAUGCUCAUGACAGCCAAAGCAGAGCUUCUGCGCAAAGAAAACUACAUCACGUAUACCGACCCGAACCCGCGUCCGAGCACACCAACAACGCCGAGUCGAUUGUGGAAUUCACCAACGCAGUCGCGCAAUGCCAGUCUGGACGGUCUCGUAAAGCCAGGAGACGCCCCCGCUGGUAGCUUGAACAACGGAGUUGGUGAACAUCGGGGUUCUCACAAGGUCGCCUACUCAGAAUCCGCCAUUUUCACGGGCUACAUUGCUCCUGUUCCUGCGUACGCCAUAUCUCCCUCCGAGCCAAUUCCUCAGGGUUAUGUUGCUCAUGCGAGAGACGCAUGUGUCGAUAUUGACUAUCAGUGGGACUCUUCCCGCAACCCGAUUGCUUGGGGCGAUGGUGGCGUGCUACCAGAGGAAUGGGCUGCUAUGCAUCAACGAUUCCGUAAGGGAUUGAAGCGUCUGGUAGACUGGUACAUGACCACGGACCACCCCGGCCAUAUGGUUACCAAAACUCCUAUCACGCCUAAUCCAUCCAAGCUUGAAAAUAACAAUACCGCAAAGAGCCACACGCUUGACGACGAGGAGGACAUUGAGGACGUGGUGAUACUAGUUUCCCAUGGUGCUGGAUGUAACGCUCUUGUGGGUGGUAUCACAAACCAGCCCGUUCUCGCCGACGUUCCUAUGACUUCUCUGUCCAUGGCAAGACGAAGGCCCGGAUACGCAGAGACUCAGAGUGCUAUGAACGAGCACCCAGUGACAUCUCUUGACGACGGAUUGUCGAGGAAGCCAGUGACGGUGCAGGACCUAUACGAGCUAUCCAUGUUUGCCAACACUGACCACCUGGUUAGGUCAGGCAAUGUGAGCAGGUCAUCUAGCGUGGCUGGUGCUUCAAGAGGACACUCGAGGGGUCUCAGCUCAGCCUUAAGAGACAUUAAUUUUGGUGCGCAUUACGGCCAGCCACGGGACCACCGCAGCAACUCCAUGAGCAGCUCAAUAAGUGGUCCCAGGAACAUGUCUGGCGGAACAAAUGGUGUUACCAGGCUUCCUCCUCUUCUUUCUAAUAAUGCUGCAAAGGGCGGCAUCACGGUUGGAAGUGGAGUGACCAGUUUUGGCACUGCUCCGCGAAAGAAUUCGUGGGGUUUAUGGACACCAAAGCAGGAGCCCACCAAUCCCGAGGAAGAACUAGACAUGCCCAUGACACUGGAUUUUAGUCACGAAAAGGAGGUCAAGAAGUCGUCUCCACCGCCAGAGACAAUUAUCGAGAUGCCAGAGCACGAGCAUGGCCAUUUACCUGGACUCCCAGCCUCGAUAGACACGGAAGAGCACGACAAGUUUGACUCGAAGACGUCGAUUCCACCAAGUUCUGGCAUGUGGGGAUCACCUCGACCUCCCGAUGAUGCAGAGACACUUCGAGACUUUAGCUCACAAAAGCGACGAUGGACUGUAACUGAGCGACAGCUAUGA